ACAUCCUUUGAGUUGAGUAUGAAUUGAGGUUCAAGGUCAGAGAGAGACCAGAACACCUCAGAGCUUUCUACAGGCCAAUACCUACACCAGGUCUACAUUAGGCAGCAUCUCUACAACGGAUCCCUCUGAACAACGGGAUCAUGACACACUUCAGAGUCCUCAGUCUCUGGGUCGGCACUGUUCUCCAUUUGUAUCUGCACACAGGUGAUUGCGCAGAGAUCAUUCAUGGAAAGGAAGUGGUGCCUCACUCUUUACCCUUCAUGGCUCGACUGGAGGACGGUAAAGGUAGUCUAGUCUGUGGAGGGAUCCUCAUCCACGAGUCAUGGGUCCUAACUGCAGCCCACUGUAAAGUACGGACGGAAUGGUUUUCACACAGAAUCAAGAAUGUCAAUCUGGGUGUCCACUCGGUGAAGAACGAAGCGAAGGCUACCAGACAGCUCGUAGCCGUGAAGAAGCAUGUUCCUCAUCCCGACUACAAUGUUGCAGAGUUACGCCACGACAUCAUGCUGAUAAAGCUUAAGAAACCAGUGAAGCUGACCGACACCGUGAAAGUCAUGGAUCUACCCAAGCCUGCAUCUGAUGUCCCGGCUGGGACACAGUGCUUUGCGGCCGGAUGGGGAGACACGAAGGAGAAUGGUGACCAGUCCGAUGUCCUGCUGUCUGUCAAUGUCACCGUGAUCGACAGGAAGAAGUGUAACUCUCCUGAUUACUACAACUUCUCCCCUGUCAUCACCGGAGGAAUGCUGUGUGCUGGUUACGGACAAGAUAGAGCUGGCACUUGUCAGGGAGACUCCGGUGGCCCGUUGGUGUGUAGAGAUGCACUAAGGGGAGUGGUGUCGUUUGCUGGAGGAUGUGGUCGCGUCAACAAACCUACCAUCUACACAUUCGUAUCUAAAUACACUGACUGGAUCACUAAAACCAUCCAAACCUCUGGCUGAUUUUUAAAAAGUCAAACGUCUUCUGUUCAUUCUAAAAUAAAUGCUUAUUGACAUA